CUUACAGGAACCGAAAGUGAAACAUAGAAAGAAUGGAUUUAGCUUUUAUGCUUGUCGCCAUAUGGCUGAUUACUGGAACGAAGUUUGUUGCAAGCUUAUCUUUUACUCUGUCAGCAUCGCGAGUAAAAUUCAGAACUACAGGAACUCUGAGAAUGACAUGUGAUGUUACAGAAAUAGAUGCAGCUGUGAUAUACAACAUUCAAAUACGACGAGAAACAGACCCAGGAUCUAACUACACAUGGGAAACCCUCGCUGAAAUUGAAGCAGGUUUAACGGAAAUUCCAGUUUUGGAUAAAGACAUUGUUAAUGACAAGGACUUUGUUGUUGGUGGUGUAAUUGAUAAAGAUACUCCAAUUAAUACUUAUUUAACAUUAGAUAUGAAUAAAGAGAAACUUAACUAUAGUGACGCCGGAGACUACAGAUGUGAGCUGACCUAUAAAAGUAACAUUACUGGUAGCGUUGCCUCUGUUAAAAGAAAUGCCAGCCUUUCAAUUGUUGGUGACGAUAACACUGACAAAACGCAAUCGGAUGCCAAGGAAAGCUCAGAAGAUGUCUGCAAAACCACAUUAAUAAUUGUUGCUGCUAUUUUAGGAAUUACAAAUAUCGUGACGAUAGUUUAUGCAAGUUACAUGACAGUGGAGAUGAGAAAAGCAAAAGCAGCAGGAUCUGGUGAUAACACCCAUGAUCGUGCAAGACAGGAGGUAUUACCACCUUCAGUAACGUAUGCCAAAGACGGCCGUCAAGGAUGCUCUAUUCAGGAAACUGAUGAUUUAUCCCCAUGAACUUACAACAGAACAUCUCUGAAAGGCAUGCAAUAGAACAUACGCAUGUAAGAAAGUAAGAAAGAAAGGUGUCAACAUAAAAGCAUAGUGCUUUGGCUCUUGAAUUCAUUCACAUAAAAGUACUAAAAUCUUUGCAGCAUUAAUUUCAGUUAAUAAUCAAAUGUCUGUCAUGAAACUGGAUAAGUGCAAUAUAAUUAGUAUGGAUGGAAUUCAGGUAACGCUCCAAAAACGACCUACUGUGGUAUCAGCUAUUGUUAUUAAGUAUUAAGUGUAUAGCAUCUGUGAUUUCAAAGCUCAGUCUACUUACCUAAAGACAUGUGCUAGCUUUCAGCUGUAUUUUGUUCCUAAGAGCUAAAAACUUUGCAAACGGAUUUAAAGAAGAAGCGUAGACGGUCAUGCUACGUGAAAAAAAUACAGUGUUCGUGAGUAAAAUGACACGGAAAUAUUAUAGUUUGCCGCGAACACUUGUUGCGAUCGUGCCGCGAACAUCGGGUUAACAUGCCGCGAACACUUUUAUUAGAAUAGAUACAAUGAUCGCGGGAUGUUCGUUUGGUGUACGCUUUUCAGACACAAAUUAGAUAUGCCACAAACUCCGCGUACAAGUACAUGUGAACUUUUGGCGAUCAUCUCGCGAGCUCGUUGCUGUGAACAUGCCGCGAACAAGCUAAGAACCAUGACUACCAAGCAAAACCUAGCUAGAAAUUGUCCAGAAAAUACAUCGAACACUAAUAAUAGUAAAAAUACAAAUACAUUAAAAGGAAUCAGGAAUAUAAAUUUCUUCAAUAAACUUAAGCACUGAGGCUAUAGCAAAUUCAAUUGUGAAUAUCUGAAGUGUUUCAUAUCAUGGUACUAGGUAAAUUUUGAGUUUUAGAUAUAAUGUAUGCAUGCAUUUAAUAGCUAUUUUUGCGAUUUGAAUAACAGUGUCACAAUGCAUGUAUUCAUUACAUGUACUUUCCGAAUUCUGGCCUCUGUGACGUAAGGAGUCACUUACUAGGCAGGGAAAAUCAUCCCGAGAAGUUUUAACAUUCUGGGCCAAGUGAUUCUCAAAUUAUUGAUCGGGAAAGGUUUUCCAAAUUCAGGCCCCUAUGAUCUUGACCUUUUACAGACUAACACUAAAAUCAAUAGGGUUCUUCUACUCUGUAUGUCCAAGCAUCCUAGAAAGUUUCAGCGUUCUAGGUGAAGUGGUUCUCAAGGUAUUGACUGGAAAUGGAUUUGCUUUCCAUGGUGAGGCUCCUUGACCUUGACCUUUAAUGGAGGGACACCCCAAAACAAUAGGUGUCAUCUAUUUUAUAAAUCCUGUCACCCUAUGUGUAGUUUGUAGGUUCCAGGUGAAAUGGUUCUCUAGUUAUUGAUCGGAAAUGAAGUGUGACGGACAGACGAUAAGGGCAAAAACGUUAUGUCUCCCCUAGUGAGUGUGUGUGGGUUGGACAUAAUUAAUUAACAUACAAUUAAUAUCUGCUGAAAUCAAAUCUCUUAAUAAACAGUUUACCAAAAAAUACAAUAUACUGCGUUCAAUAUGUAAUGUUACUCCGUAUGUAGUUCCGUAACCGCUGGUUAUUUUAGAUGCGGUUUUCGGCACAUUAUAGAGCAAUUUAUUUGAAACAAUGCAAUAUAAAUGAUAAAAAUCGGCGUGUUCAAAGUUAAAAUAUAAUCAUUUUAGUGAGGUGUACUCAGGUGUAUUGGACCAUAAUUAUAAUUAAGGUUUGUCCUGGGGAUCCAGGGUCUCAGAAAAAUAGAAUAAGUUGUAAAAUCACAAAACUCUAUCAUUUUCCUAUGAGGUACAGCAGUUUGUGAUGCGUUUGCGUUUGUUUUAAACUAUCUAUUGCAUUUCUAAUUUUACAACACAACUAACAAAUCUAAACUCGAGGUUGAUUCCAUCUGGAAUGGGUGUUAAUCGAAGUUGUAAGAACUAGUUUCGCAAUUGAGAAUUAAGAUACUAGUAUCGACUUAAAAUACAAUAUUUUUUUUAAACGAUGAUUACCGCGCCUAACGAAAUUGCAGAGGCUUAUUGUACUCACCUUUUCAUUUUUUGAGUAAAUGUAUACACACUCAAUUUAAAACUGUUAUAAACUUUUUUAUUUUAGUUUUCAUAUGUUUUUGUGCAGAUCAUGAUUUGUUUUAUCUGUUUAAACUGAAAAUUGAACUAUAGAUCUAGUUGCUGAAUAGUAGAAGCAAGGAAUUGCUUAUUACAAUCUCAAUAUUUUGGACAUAAAAUUGUCUAGUAUACCCGAGUACACCUCACUCAGAUGAUUAUAUUUUUAUUUUGAAUCUGUUAUUUUUUACAAUUUAUAUAACAUUGUGUUGCCAAUAAAUUGCUCUAUAAUGUGCCGAAAACCGCAUCUAAAAAUAACAAGCGGUUACGGAACUACAUACGGAGUAACAUUACAUAUUGAACGCGCCUCGUAAGUUCUUCUGUCGAAUAAACCGCGAUCAUUGAUCUUUCUGCUAAUAUUCACUGAAUUAGAGUCAAAUCACGCGGGUAACAGCGAAUAUCCUGUGAAUACUUCCUGCAGAUAGGUAUGUUCGCGACAUGUUCGCGGCAUGUUCGCGGCGUGUUCACAUCUUUUAAACCAUUUCUUAAGGAGACUGUUUGCAGUAUUUGAUCUUCCAUCCAAAGAGCGCAUCUAGUCAAACAUAAACUGAUAUUAAACUAUGUACUACACUGCUAUAAUGAUAGAGGGAAGCUGAGUCAUUUGUCUACAUCAUUGGACAUAUACUAUUAGAGAUUUUCAACUUACUUCGACAUGUACUGCGGACUUACAAUAGGGGUUUUCUCAAACUGUAUAUAAGUUAGUUAUGCAUAACUGAACAGUUGCAUAUUUAGUGUCCAGUACUAUUGUCGUAAUACUGUUUCCAUUUAGAAUAUCUGAGAAAAGACAGUUAUAAGUUUUAUAAUAUCCGUUUUAUUGUAUAUAUAAUUACCGAUAUAUUUUGUUUUACAAGCAUUUUAACAGCGCGGGCGCAUUUUGUUUUAUAAAACGUUUUAUAUCGCUUUUUGAUGUAUUUAAUAGUAUUCAAAUUUUUCGAUUACCGUAUUUAUGAACAAGAAGUAAGAGUAUCUGUAUCGCAAACUUGUUUUUUUUAUUUGAAGUGCUGCAAUUUAUAUAUAUGCUUGCUGUCAAUUUCUUGAGGUUCUAGCCAGUAUUCGCUAGCAGUGAAAACGUCUGUUGAUUCAACGACCAACAUACCCUAUAAUCCAGGAUUUGAACCAGUGACCACCUGGUGAGGAGACAGUCACUCUUCCUCUGCGCCUCAAAAGGUUCACUCACCUAUUUCAGAUCAGGCGAUAGGGAAUCACAACAACAUAUGUUACAAGUUAUUACUUAUUUGAAUAUCUGGUAUCAAAGAAUGUAUAUAGUGAUACUUAUCAUGACAUAUAUAAUGGCUACAACUUUUUAAACCAAUAUAGACCUUGAGUUUAAAUCUUUGUCCAAGUUUCUUGAAGCCUAGUAUGUACACAUACCAUAUGUGCAUGUGUUCGAGCAGAUUCUCAACUAAAAAGGCUUAAUGAUAAAAAUCAAGCGUCGACUACUAAGCUGGUUGUAUCAAAGGACCACAUAUAAAUGUUUAUUUUAAAUGGUUCAUUGCAUUUGGCUAGGUAAAAAAUAUCAUUUCGUUGGCAAUUCUAUGCAUGUAGUGGCCUAAAACAUUUUUAGCUCGACUAUUCGAAGAAUGUUUUUACAAAUAGCUUUAAUUGUACUUAAAGAUUAAAGUUACGUUGAGACUGAUAAUCCAUACUUAAUAAUCACUUGAAAAUAGUCAUGAAUUGAAAACGCAAUUCUGAUAUCAGAUUAUAACAAUACUAAGUGGCUAUUUCCUUCUUUUAUUUUCAAACAUGCUGAUACAUAACUAAUUCAGGAUGUUUUCGUAAAAUUAUGGUGAUAGGAAUAUUUGAAGAACCUGCUAAAAUCAAGUAAAAUGCGACAGAGUAUUUAGCUGAGUCUAGAGGCAUCCUACAUGUAGACAUUUAUCGAGCCGAAUCGUUAAAAUAUGUCAUGAACUAAAAAUUAAUAGAAUAUGACAUCUGAAAGUUGCGAUUCCGUGUGUUAAAUAUAGCCUGUUCACUAUCCAUAUAUUUACAAACGUAUGUAUUGUAUUAGCAGAUAAGUGUAUCACAAUAAACUAAUUUCUACAGUGAAAGUAAAAGUUACUUAACACAUAUAUGUAGAAGAAACAUAUAUACCAUAAGUAUGUUUUCGUUCUUGCGAAGUUUUAAAUAUUUGGAGAAAACCCCUAGUGUAAGUACGCCAUCCGCUGUGCGCGUCGGAGUAAGCUGAAAAUCUCUUUUUCUAUUAUUGUUAUUAUGUAUGUUGGUUUAUAUAUUGCUCAAAUAAAUUUCACAAAUCUCAUGUAAGAAUCUCCUGUACAAGCACUUGUCUGUCAUUCGGGUCUAAGAUUAAUAUUUGAUGAAAUGCAGCAUUAAUGUACUAAGUUAUCUUAAUGUAAUUUAUAUGUUGUGUCCAAAUUAUUUUUUGUUGAAAUACAGCAUGGAUGAACGGUAUGUAGUUCUCAGGCUGAUAACUAGGAGUGAUGUAUAAUGUUGAGUGUUUAGAAUAAUGUUUGGUGAAAUACAGCAUGAAUAAACUGUAAGUAGUGAUUAGAUUUAUAUAUUUUGCCAUUAAUGUAUAUCUUGAGUGUUGGUGAUUUACUCGCUGUACUUCGUGAUGCGUUUGAUAAUUUUACUAUGACGAUUAUGUUGUGCAAGACAAGUUGACCAGUUAGGAUAUGCGUAUACAAAUCUUUGAGAUGUUGCAUUGUGCUAAAUUGUAUAUUUGCGUAAUAGUUUAUUUGAGAAAUGCUGUGUAAGUUGAAAAUAUUGGCAGCUAUCCAGUGCAUCUAUUUAUAUUUAUUCGAAUUUAAGCUGAACAGGGACAAUCUGUGUGCCAUAUCUUAUGGGAUAAGCAAAGCAUACCUUAUUCGAUUUAAGUUGGUAAUCGUUGAAAUCGUAGAAAGACAGCAAUAUAAUUAAUGUGAAAUGAAUGUGUAAGACGGUAUGCAUGUUAUGAAAAUUAGAAGUAAUUUUGGUGUCAUGCCACCAACACAAAGGACCACAAUGGAAAUAAGAGUUUUCUCUUUUUUUUUGUGUAAUCCUUGGUGACGGUGUGCUUGUCAUGGCUAUUUAUAAUUUCAUGUAUGCAGUAUGUUAUUAUGUUGUAUUUACUAUACAUGUUGUUUUUGAUUGUCCAUGUAUGUGCACUCCUUACCGAAAUAAAUCAAUCAAUCAAUCUAUCUAUUUAUCUAUCUUAGUAAAUAUCAAUUUUGUGAUUUAGUAGUUAUUUUAUUUAUUAAUACUACACGCCACGUCACUUCGAAAUCAUAAAACAGUAAAAAGGUAAAAGAAAACAAAAUUGAAAGAUAGGACUUGUGAGAAGCAUUCAGCAUAGCAAAUCUAGUCAUUUCCAGGCGUCGCAAAGUAAGCCAGCCACAAGUAUUUAAGAACAUCCAAGAAAGGUAGCAAAGCACACUGUAAAAACUUAUAUGAGAAAUGUCGAUCUGUUAUAUUUCAUCAAUUAUAGUAAAAUAUUAACAUAAUUAUGUGGUAUAUUAUAUGUGCUUCAAAAAUGUAUACAUAAAGCAGAAUUAAUGUUUGAAUGGCAAUUGUUUAGAAUUUGUUGAUUAUCUCUCUAAUAUGUUUACAUGUAUUUUGAUAUUUAUUUGUAGUAUACAUAAGCUGUAGAAGACUGGUUACUUAACUAAAUUCAUUUCAUUAUUUGCCACAUGUAUAUAUCUUUCGUUUUUAAGUACUUGCUAACAGAAUUACUUUUUUUUCUCUAUCAAUGAUUACAUUUUUGUAAGUAUUCUAGGUUUACGUGUCCAUGAAAACUGAAAUUUGGGUGACUUCUACGUCCGCUGGGCUGCAGUAAUUAUCUCUUUAUGUAUAUUACUGUAUGUAUAUGAUAUACACAAUCAUGUCACAAUAAUAAACUAUUUUAAUAUC